AUGUCUGGGGACAAGCCAGAUGCUGCUGCCUCUCACGGCCGCAGUACCGCGGCGAACGGCUCCAGAACUGAGCACGGAGGCUCUUCGAAAGCAGCAUCAGGCCCCAGGCGCACACAUAAUACUAGCACCACCACCACGACCAAGAGCCCUGACAGCAACAACAGCUUCAGCGGCAGCGCCGGCGGCAGCGCCGGCACGGGGCAGGGCACAGGCCGUAGCCAUAGCACCGCGGCCUCGGCCACCUCCGCCUCGGACACUUCCUACACCGCAGCCCAUGAUGAUGCCUGCAGCGGCAGUACAAGUAACAGCAGUGGCACCAACAGCAGCCGUCGUCAGGGACGCCACGACGCGUACGAUCAUGUGUACGACGACGAGUACAACCAUCUCCACAACAUCAUAUUUGAGCGGCUGCCGCAGCGGACACACGGCCGCGGCCGCAGCCAUUCCCAUGUCCGCGUGGAGCUUCACGGCUACGCUGUGGAAGAAGGCGCUGAAGAAAACCCAUUUCGCGGCCAUGGAAAUUGGUCCAGUAGCAGCAGUAAUGGCAGUAGUAGUAGUAGUAGUCGCUGGCGGUAUGCAAGUCCGCCGCAUCAUCAUCAUCAGACCGCGGGACCCGGACCUGAUCUGGGUCGUGGCAGUUACCGCAGAUCUCGCAGCUGGGAACGUGCAUGGUCGCCGUACGAGGUUGAGGACGAGGGUGGUGAAUGGGGAAGGACCGGGAGGCGUGGAGGAACAAUCUACAGUAGCCGCCGCCGCCGGCGCGCCGGCAACGGUAGCGGCAGCGGCGCCGGCGGCUGCAAGUACGAUGCAAUAGGGGAUGAGGAUGAGGGAGAAGGGGGCGAGUGGGUGUUUGGUGGGGGCCAGAAUUCCCAUCUGAAUCAUCGGACCCAUCAGGCACAACGCCGUAGCGAUGACGGUUACCAAGAUUGCGCUCAGCAACAACAGCAGCAACAGCAUAAGUACCAUCAUACGCAGAAGCAGCAGCAGCAACAACAACAGCAGGCGCAACGGCAGCAUACACAGGAGCAAUGGCAGAGGCGGCAGCUGCAGCAGCAGCAGAGGCAAAAUCAAGCGGAGGGUGACCGCACAAGGCGACGGCGUGAAGAUGCGACAACAUUCCGAGCGCACCAAGAACAACAACAGCCGCAGCAGCAACCUCCACAGCAGGGCGAGCGCCGACAGGGCAGGCGCGGUGUAGCGUGGUUUACCAAGCGCUGGCGGAAACAUUACGUUAGCUAUGAGGAGUAUGCAGAGUUCAUGUCGCAAGAUGGUGAGGACCGGCGGUCGUCUUCGGAGCCGUUGGAGUACGGCAGCGGCGGAGGCCGGAGCCGCAGCAAGUUCUACCAGUCCGCAUAUGAUGACGACAGGGACUGGUUCUCGCAGUUUUGGAGCUACAACGGUGCAGCAGCCAGCGGCAGCGGCUUCACCAGCGGCGGCGGCGGCGGCAGGCAGUCCGCACAUCCCCGGUCCGCGGAGCAGUUCACGGCGGAAUGGUGGCAGCGCUUCCAGGCCGCAGCAGCCGCUGGAGGCUCCGGAACCGGCGCUUCUUCCUCGUCAUCUUCUUCUUCUUCUUCGUCAUCAUCUUCAGCUGGCGGCAGCGGUAGCAGCAGCAGCGGCCGCAGCUACUUUCACCACCAGAACCAGCAGCAGUCGUACGGCGGCGGUGGCGGCGGCCAGCGAUCGCAGCAGCACCACCCUCCUGAGCUGCGUGCACAUAUGACGGUGCUGGGGUUGGAGGUGGGUAUGGCCCUGGAUGCGGCGGCGGUCAAGGCGGCCUUCCGUGCGCGUGCCAAGGAGACGCAUCCAGAUCUGCACCACGGAGCGGACGCGGCGGUGCGCGCGGCGGCGGAGGAGCGGUUCAAGGCGGUUCAGCAGGCGUACCAGGUCCUGAGCCGCGCGGUGUGCAUGGCUGGUUAG